GGCAGCUCCCAUGAAUGGUUCCAUCUCAAAGCACCUACCUCUGCCCUCCGAGCUGUAUAACUAAAUCUUCUGUAUCCUAAAUAUCCCAUUUAAUUGUUAGCGUCCCAGAUUUGUGCCAUGCCACUCGCUUCCUAUAUGGGGCGAAGGGUGCCGUACUCUCCCUCUGUCUGGACACGUGGGGUUUGACAGCCUGCCGGACCAACUGGUUAACAAAUCAAUUAAUCAUGGCUUUUCUUUCAAUAUCCUGUGUGUGGGUGAGACGGGUCUUGGCAAAUCCACUCUUAUGGAUACAUUAUUUAAUACAAAGUUUGAAGCGGAACAAACUUUGCAUUCACAGCCUGGGGUUCAGCUGAAAUCCAGCACCUAUGAUCUGACAGAAAGUAAUGUUCGGCUGAAAAUGACCAUUGUUAGCUCUGCAGGUUUUGGAGAUCAGAUUAAUAAAGAAGACAGUUACAAGCCCAUCGUUGACUUCAUUGACUCCCAGUUUGAGGCAUACCUGCAAGAAGAGCUGAAGAUUAAAAGAGUUCUUCAUAAUUACCAUGACUCUCGUAUACAUGCCUGCCUCUACUUUAUUGCCCCUACUGGACACUCCUUGAAAUCUCUGGACCUGGUGACUAUGAAGAAACUGGACAGUAAGGUUAAUAUAAUUCCAAUUAUUGCAAAGUCGGAUGCCAUUUCUAAGAGUGAGCUGACAAAAUUCAAGAUAAAAAUCACAAGUGAGCUGGUUAGUAAUGGCGUGCAGAUCUAUCAAUUCCCAACAGAUGACGAAACCGUGGCAGAGAUAAAUGGAACAAUGAAUGCUCACUUACCAUUUGCUGUCGUUGGAAGCACAGAGGAAGUCAAAAUAGGAAACAAAAUGAUGAAGGUUCGGCAGUACCCAUGGGGAACUGUACAAGUUGAGAAUGAAACACAUUGCGACUUUGUCAAGUUGAGAGAAAUGCUCAUACGGGUGAACAUGGAAGAUCUACGGGAGCAAACACACACACGUCAUUAUGAACUAUACCGAAGGUGCAAGCUAGAGGAGAUGGGGUUUAAAGACAAUGACCCUGACAACAAACCGUUCAGCUUGCAGGAGACAUAUGAAGCAAAAAGGAAUGAAUUUUUAGGAGAGCUGCAGAAGAAAGAAGAAGAAAUGAGACAGAUGUUUGUGCAAAGGGUGAAAGAGAAGGAGGCGGAACUAAAGGAAGCUGAAAAAGAGCUCCAUGAGAAGUUUGACCGUCUGAAAAAACUACAUCAAGACGAGAAGAAAAAGUUAGAAGAUAAAAAGAAAAGCUUGGAAGACGAAUUAAAUGAAUUUAAAAAGCGGAAGACGGCAACAGAAUUGCUCCAGUCCCAGGCGCAACAAGCAGGUGGAUCACAGACCCUAAAACGAGAAAAGGAGAGAAAAAAUAACCCUUGGCUGUGCACUGAAUAAUAUUACCACUCUGAUGGAAAUGCCUUCCUAAAAUUGCACCUAUGUUUUACGAAUCACAUUGAUAUUCGUUUGCUUUGAGGAUUGUUAAAUGUCAAUUUUUGUGCAGCAGUUGUUUAAAAAUGAUUAACUACAGUAAUCCUGUAGGAGGUUUAAUAGUCGUGAUGGGUUCUCCAGUUUUACUGUUUUCUGAUGUGUCAUUUGGACAUGAGUAUUGCUGAUAUCGGAAGCUGUGGAAGUGGUGAAUCACGGAACUAUCAAAUUGGAAAGGGUCAAGCUGUUUAGUUGGGCACCAAUGUUAUAAUUAGGGCUCAUGCACACGACCGUAUGUAUUUUGCAGUCCACAAAGAAAACGGGUGACGUCUGUGUUACAUCAUUUUAACAAUGCCGGUCCUUGUCCUCAAAACGGACCAGAAUAGGACGUUUUAUUAUUUUGCGGAACAGACAUACGGAUAUGGAAUGCACACAGUCAUUUCCGUUUUUCUGCGGCCCCAUUGAAAUUAAUGGUUUUGCAUACGGGCCGCAAAAAAAAUCGCAAUGGACAAAAAUUUUUUGUGUGCAUGAGCCCUUAGAAUGUUGAAAUUGGAGAAUCCAUCUAAAGAGGUAUUUUUCUCUUCAACUUUUAUGGAAUAUCUAGUGGCCGCCUCACCAGACGGGGAGCAGGUUGGGGGACCCUCCUAUUCUAAAGAUAGCUGUGAUUAGAUUAUAUAGGUUAUAAAUGUCACAUAAUAGAAUACCCCUUUAAGUAUUGUGUAUUUUGAAUUUAUUUUUAAGGAAACUUUAAGAUAUAUAUGUUGAAAUUGUAAAUCACUAAUGUUGCUGUAUAGAUCGUAUGUGUACGUGUUCUUCACUUUUUAAAUCACGGUAAUGACAUUAGUUGAAAUUUAUGAGGCUGCCCCAUUAGGUCAAGCACUUUUUAAAGGGCCAGCUUCAGAACCCAACUACCAGCUGUUAUUGCUAAGGGAAACCUCAGCCACCUAAAAACUUAUGCUCUAAGGGUAAAUGUAAUAGAACAUGCAGCUAUUCAAACUUUAAUAGCUGCUCUGGCUUCUAGAGGGAGUGCCAAGGGGGUGUGGGGGGUGUGGGACCUCUUGAUGUCUGUAUGUCCUAAUAGGCAACCUCUUUCAUCUUCAGCUAGAAAAGAGUAAAACUAAAGGUGACUAUACACAUUAGACUAAAGUUGAUCAAAACGGACGAUUUCAAUCAAAAGAAAGUUCAUCUGUUGAAUUCUGAGAAUCUUAACUAACCGUUUAUCAUUUCAAAAGAAGUCAACCAUGUUUAAUAUUUUCGACAUUUGGAUGAAAGAUCUUUAAUUCAAAGAAAGAUUUUUUUGUGAAUGAAAGAUCUUUGAAAGAACGUUCCCAGGAAGAUCAUUGAAUGUGUAUGGGCAGUUUGAACAACUGUAAUGGAAAAUAUGCACUAAAAUGUGUAUGACUGAUGCAAAACGAAUGUUCACCAUAUGAUUCUUCAACUGCUGUUAAAAAGGGGUGGACUGGGAACUUCAAAAAAAAAAUAAUCAAAAAGUGGCCCCCGUGUUGUAGAGGGUUCCAAAUUGACAGAUUGUGGGGCAACAGAAAUAGGCAGGGCUAGCAAUACCACAGUACAGUACAAAAUACUACCUCAGCAGAACCAUAUACCACAGUACAGCACAAAGAGCUGCCUAAAUUAAAGGGGUUGUCCCACGAAAAAUAUCCUACAGUUUUCAAACCAGCACCUGGAUCUGAAUUAUUUUGUAAUUGCAUGUAUUUAAAAAUGUUGCGUUAUUCAAUAACAUAUAUCUGUAUAGCGCCACCUGCUGUUUCUUCUUUUUCUUAUUUAUUUGUCCUGCUCACUGUGAAGGCUGCACAUGCUCAGUUUCAUCCUUCAAUUGCCUCCUGAGCUUCAAUAGUUAGAGCACGGACACACACCCUUAGCUACAGCAGAACAGACACUCCCUUUUUGCUGCCAGCUUGAUUUAAAUUGGGUAGAGCAAUGAAUGUGGAGAUCUCUGGAUCCAUGUGAGGUACAGGGCUGGUUCUAGCUUAUUUUUAGAAAGAGACUGUCAUGUACUGUAUGAUAUCUGAUUUUAUUUUUUUACAAUAAUCAUGGGAUAACCCCUUUAAUGCUGAGCUCAUCAGAUCUUUAUGUACCUGGAUGGUGGGCAAGGGCUUGAGUGGCCUUUUGGGCAUCGGCCCACCAGUAAAUUUCCCUGUAGGAUGUGGCCUGGCAGCCAUGCUGUUCAACCAUCAACCGACUUCUGUCUAAUAUGUUUGGCCAGCUUCAGUCUGGCUAAAGAAAAGAAACACUCUCAGAAAUCGCAAUGUACUGUCCUUCCUCAUAAUUCUAUGAGCUUUUCUGUUUUCUACAAAUAUCCUACCUUGUAAAAAUGUACCCGGCCAGUUAAUACUGAUUUGUGAGGUGUAACCUUGCUUUACAUCUAGUCAUCAGCUGUUUUGCUGGUCUUACCAGUUAAGUUCAAGUAAUAAAAAAAAAAUACAUGUUAUUUGUCACUGUCUUAUAGUCUUUAUUUUAUAGAAGUGUAUUUGUAUCUAUUGUAUGUCAUGUUUUAUAUAAUUGUUUUGUCUGAGCCUUCUGAAAAAUAAAAU